GUCGAAGCUAACAAUGUCGAGGGCUGAUUGAGAUUUCGGUUUGGAUAGCACAUGGAAUGUAUGUUUUUCAGGAAAUUCGUAUACCUGAUCAUCCCUAUAUAAGCCAUUUUAUUAAGCCAUAUAUUUUAUUGUUUUAACUUGCAUUGGUUGGUGCUUAUCUCCACUAUGAAAUUGGCUAUUGUGUUCGCGCUUUUCUUCGCUGUGAUAUUGUGCCUUACUGAGGCUCAAGUUCCGGGCCCCAACAAUGCCAUGGAUGCGGCCAAAGGAGGCGUAGGAGCUGCCGCAGGUGCCGGCGGUCAGAUCGGAGCACAUGGCGAUGGGGCAGCGGAUGUGGCUGAGGGCGGCCCCGGGGCUGGGAUGUCGGCCGGUAUUGGAGCAGGUGGCGAUAUGAGUGCCUCCGCCAAGGCUGAAGCUGAGAAUGGAGCUGGUCGUCGCCGUUAGAAUUGAAAUUUUUUGGAAAAUGUGUUUCUGAUCAAUAAAUGUUACAUUUUUUUCAAAAUCA